GCGCGUCGUUGCCCCGCACGGUGGGGCGCUGAUAUAUCUGAAGACUAACAAUACAGUUUGAGAGGCACAACAGCCAGACACGUGCCGCUAAAACUGUGGCUUAACAAGGAGUUACAAGCCAGGACGAUUGCGCUGUUGUUUUUUGUGUUUUCAAUCAAACUCUGAAGCAGCUCGAGCUGUUGUUCUUGGAGCGCGUACAGUUAUCCGCUUGACUUGGUGCGGACGCAGGGGCGGAAGCCCUAGGAGUGUUGCCCCACGUUGUUGUUGCUGUCACUGGAAAUCGUUAACAAACAGUAGAGAAUAGAAAAUAGCAAAAAGCUAGCGAGUAUGUCACGAAUUGUGUAAAGACCAAGAAACCAAGAGACAAACACCUGAAACACACACCUGGCGCCUGGACGCAGGAUUUAGGCUAGACGCAUGGACAAAGGCACAAUGAAGCGCAAGCAGCGUAGAUACAGAACCACCUUCAACACACUGCAGCUGCAGGAGCUGGAGCGCGCCUUCCAGCGCACGCAUUAUCCGGAUGUGUUCUUUCGCGAGGAGCUGGCCGUGCGCAUUGAGCUGACGGAGGCGCGCGUUCAGGUCUGGUUCCAGAAUCGACGCGCCAAAUGGCGCAAACAGGAGAAGCUAGGCGCCGCCGGCGACUACAAGGAGGACGCCCAACUCGAGCUGGAUGUGGCGUUCGAUGAUAGCGCUGUGCUGGGCCAGCUGGACAGCGCCUUGGCUGGCGGCGGCACCUUGCUGCCGGAUACGCCGCCGCAGUCUUCCAAUUCGCUGGACAAUGAGCUGAAGGCGCCCUACGGCACGGGCGGGCUCUCGCCCUCCAGGCUGUCGCCCAACAUUUUUCUCAAUCUGAACAUUGAUCAUCUGGGCCUGGAACGCGGCGGCAGCGGUCUGUCCAUGGAGUGGUCCACCUACCCGCCGUCCACACAGCCGGAGCAGCAUCAGCCGGAGCAGCAGCAGCAACAGUUGCAGGCGUCGCAGCAGCAACAGUUGCAGGAGUCGCAGCAGCAACACGUCUGCACGCUGCAGCAUCAGGCGCUGUCGAGCGCAUUUGGCGCCUCACUCGAUCUGGACAUGAACGAGGGCUACGAUGAGAUGAAAUUUCUCAGCGUGGAUCAGUUUACGAUCGAUAGCUUCAAGGCGGACUGCAUACUGAGCAUGGAGCACAGCCUGGCGCUGGAUGACAAGCAGCAUGACGCCUCCGCCGCCUGCCACUCCGCUGCCUAUGAGGCUCCGUCUCUGGCCACGGACAAUGCUGCACUGCAUUCGCUCUGCCUGGACGGCAUGAGUCUCACGCCCAACUUUGGCGGCCUCUCACUGCUCUCCGGCCAUCUGACGGACGAUGUCACGUCCGCGGAGGCGUCACCCAAAUCGCCGCCAUCGCUGCUGGUGCUGGACAAGACGCUGCCCUCGUUGAGCAUCGGUGUGGAUGGCAUCAGUGAACUGGUCGAGCAGCUGCAUCAUCAUCAACAUCAUCAGCUCAAUCAUCAUCAUCAUCAUCAACAUCAUCAUCAUCAUCAUCAUCCACACGAUGUCGGAGUUGGGGGAAGCGAUGUAGUCUAACCGGAACAUUUUUAUUAACCUAGACAAAUUCUAAGCAUAGUUAAUGUUGUACGAUUCUAGCUGUAAUCCUGGCCCGAAUACUGGGCCUCAUACUCUUUUCAACAUGGAUGGGAUUUGACGUAAGUUCACCU